AUGUGGGGGAGUCAGCAGUGCACACCGGUGGUGCCAGGGGCCCGGCCCCGCUACAGCUUCACGUCUCAGUACAUGAUACAGGCUGAGCCCUUCUUCCUGCAGUAUCUGCAGAGGGCUGCCGCCCGCUUAGACCUGCACCUGGCCAUGGCUACUGACCACAGCACUCUGGCUUCCUGUUGGCUGCGCUUCCAGGAGGUUCUGGGGAGCGAGGAGCGCAUGCAUGCCACAGCGAUGCUACAUGGUCCAAGCGGUGAGAACUACGGGCUGCUGGAGUAUUGGAUGAGGCUGCGCCUGCCCAUGGAGCAGACCACGCGGCUGCACUGCCAGCGCACCAAGGCCUUGGGCUACUUGUCAGCCAGCGUGCCCCAGGCAAGAGAUGCCCAGCAGCGUAGGCAGCAGGACAAGGAGCGGGUCCUGGAUGCUGAGUGGCUGUGGAAUGAGCUGCAAGUGCAGAUUGUAGGCUGCACAGGCCUGCGGGGUCGCUGGCUCAGCACCCAGCCCAGCCCCUAUGCCAUGUACCGCUUCUUCACCUUUCCUGACCACGACACGCCCAUCAUUCCCUCCAGCAACAACCCGCACUUUGGAGACCGGCGGACCUUCCCAAUGCGCCCCACAGCUGAACUCGACCGCUAUCUGCGUCUAGAGAGCCUCUGGGUGUACAUCUUCGAUGAUGAGGAUACAGAGCCAGGCAGUUACUUGGGCAAAGCACAGAUCCCCCUGCUGCCUCUGGCACGCGGGCACAGUAUCACAGGAGAUUGUGUCCUCACCAACCCGGCUGGGCACCCCAAUGGCUCCAUCAGCCUCAGCCUGGAGUGGAAGCAUCGGUACCUGCCCCUAGGGGCCACCCUGCACCAAGCGGCCUGGGCAAGGGAACACCUGCAUGAGACCCCCUUGGAGCAGCUGAUUGAGGAGGAAAGAGCUGCACUACACAGCCAGGCCCGGCUUGCUCCCAGCAUCUUGCCAUCACAGCCUGAGGGCCAGAGGAAGAAGCUCUGUAUCUUGGCGGGCGAGGCUGAUGGAUGCAGGGGGAAGUGGGGAAGGCGGAAUGCAGGAGCCAGCAGUCAGACUCAGCCUGGGACACUGGAGGGGAAGGAGGCCCAGGCUGGCGAGGAGGAAGCAGGACACUCAGCUAAGGACGCUGAAAACUCUGCCAGGACCCAGCGCUUGGAUCCCAAAUCCCUUGCACUGGACAUAGGCUCUGCUCCAGAGGAGAUGGAGGUGGGCAUAGGUGCAGCCCUGACAGUUCUCACUGCAAACAGCCCCAAAGCAGGCUGCAGCUGCAGCCAUACUCUUCACAGCCCAUGGUCCGAGUGGGAGGGCAGGGAGCGGGCAGAUCCUGUUCUAAUUCCCCUCCCAGUAACAAGUACUCUGUCCCUGCCAGCCCCCGAGGAGGCUUGUGAGCCAGCGCUGGAGAGCAGCAGCGAUGCACAGACCACAGACAGUGAUGAGAUUGUGGUGGGGACCAGCCUGGGGAGUCCUCCAAAGGACAUGGAACGGAUCCGGAUUGAGAUCGUCUCGCUGAGCCUGCACCCUGAGGCUGAGGCCAUGGCUAGCGAGCACAUCCAGCAGCUGUACGUGGCGUACCAUUUCCCAGGGGUGCCCCUGGCUGAGACAGAGACCCCCCUGUCCCUGCGCAAGCCCCAGGGCGGCGAGGAGAUCUACUUCCACUUCAGCAAGGUGAUUCAGCUGGACACGGAGGGGGUGAGCAGCCAGCGGGAAAUCCUCUUCUCCAUGCUGCAGGCAGAGGAGGCAGGGCAGAGCCGGUUGCAGUUCGUGGUGGUGAGCGAGCCCCCACCUGGGACAGGAGGCGAGUGUGAGGACGUGGGCUUUGCCUACAUGGACCUGCGUGAGAUCUUGCUGACAGGCAACGAUGUGCUGGAGCGUGACCUCGACGUUGUCAGCCCUCAGGACCACUCUGCCAUUGGGAGGCUGAAGGUCUCUGUGGAAGCAGCUGCUGCCUUCUGUGCCAUCUACUGGGAGGGGAGACGAAAGGCUGAGGAGGAGAAAUGAAGGACCCGUCAGCUCCCACAAGGCAUGCAAGGACUUGGCACAGUACGGUUCAAAGGGGGACCUCAAAGCAGUCAGCCCAUGACUCAGAUUGCGAGCUCCUUGGGGCAGCGCCUGUCCUGUCCCUGCUCUGUCUAUGCAGAGCCUACCACAAGGGGUCCUGGGCCAUGCCUGAGCGUCAAAGUGCUGCUAUAAUACAAACAAGAGGUGAGCAGCGUGCCAUCCCCCCUGACUGAACAGACUCAGCACCUGGAAAAGGUGAACUUACAAAAAAACAUUUUAUUGUUUCAAUUCUCCAAAGUCGAAAAUCCAAGAGCUACCAGCUAUGAAAAAAAAUUAGAGCCCUCCCCUGCCCCAUCACCUCCCAAGGGCCUUCCUCACCAGCAAGCAGCAGGGAGAGGUGAUGGGGGCCCAGGGGAGAUGACACAAUAAAACCCCCCAAAACAAAAGCAUCUCUCCCGCCAGAGGCUUGACUUGGCAACUGAGGAAACGAGAUAAAUACGGGACAGAGCUAGGCGAGUAAAAAAACAAGAAGCUGGAUCCUGAGGGCUAGACCACUCCCCCCAUGCACCCCGCUCCCGGCGGGGCUGGCCCACUCCCAAGCCCUCCAGUAGGGAUGGGAUGGACCUGUAGGCGCCAACCCAGCCUUGGUUACCAGCACCCUGAGCGUGAAGUCCGAGACACUCAGAGAUCCUCUGCGCUGGCUGCGUGUCUCCCCAGAGCUGCUGGGAAGGAGGGGAUGAUUCCAUUGCCAGAUACUCCCUGGGGGAAGAAAGCACCCGCCUUUGCCAUGGCCAUGCCUAUGCCUCACAGGGGAAUGUGGGGGUGACUAGGGAGGGACCCCAGGAGGGAGUGAAGGGGGUGUGGGGAGCACAUCACUGACAUCAGCGUCCUUACUCCUCUUCAUUGGCAGUGCCCAUGUCCAUGGUUACAGGCAGGCGGGGCCUGGAAUUCUCACAGCUGAUUGGUCCGUACAAAUGGCCAGAAAAA